CUCCAGCAGCGGGAACCGGGAUGGGGGAACAGCCGUGACCCGCCGCCGUGCCGGCAAUGCCACGGCACCGGGGGUGCUUGCCGGCAGCGCUCGGAAUUCCUGACGCACCGGCGGCUGCGGGAACCGCGCGUUUUCUGCGCGAAAACAGCCUGACCCCCGGCACGGCACCAACCGGGUGUCACCGCCCCGGCGAGCGCGGCGGGGCCGCGCCUGGCCCGGCCACCCCCCCGGGCCGGCAGCGGCGGCGAGGAGGGAGCGGCGGCGGAGGAGCCGCGGCGGAGAAAGGAUGUAUGGAUUUAUAAACACAUGCCUGAAGUCUUUGGUGGUUGAAAAGUAUGGUGAAGAAACAUGGGAAAAAUUAAGACUGCAGGCUGGAGUCCAGGAUUCUUUCUUGACUUUUGAGGUUUACAAAGAUGAGAUCACAAUGCAGCUUGUCGACAAAGCCUGCAAAGUACUAGGUGUUCCUGCUGACUUGGUUCUGAGAGAGUUUGGGAAGUAUUUCUUUGAAUUCUGUAAGCGCUCAGGCUAUGACCACAUGCUGAGGACACUGGGUGGAAAUCUCUAUGAGUUCAUAGAGAACCUGGAUGCAUUGCACAGCUACCUGUCCCUUUCUUACCAGGAAAUGAAUGCACCAUCUUUUAGAGUAGAAAAGAAUGAAGAUGGGUCAAUGCAUUUACACUACUAUUCAGACAGAAGAGGUCUGUGCCAUAUUGUACCAGGAAUCAUUGGUGCAGCAGCCCUGGAUUUUUUUAACAUUGAGAUUUCAAUGAAAAUAGUCAAUCAAACUGAAGAAGAAGAGAGAACUGGGAAAAAAGAACAUAUUGUUUUUCUUGUCACUCAAAACCCUGUGUUUCCAUGCAAGGAAAGAAAAGAGUUUUCGUCCUCAUCUCAAUGUCUUGUUGACUCUGAAAAACAAAGUGAGAGCCAACUGAAUAAAGAGGACCUUGAAAAAGCCAAGAAUACAACUGGAGACAGAGAAAACUCUGUUUGUCCUGUUAGGAAAAGUCACUGGAAAACGUUAAGAGGAAUAAUCGCAUUAGGAAGAGGUAAGCUCCUGAGAGGAUUUGAUCCCGUUUAUCCCAAGAGCCUCUGGAUUGACACAAAAACAUUUUGCAAUGGACUUCCUUUCCAUAUGGUUUUCGACAAAGAGCUCAGAGUGAAGCAAGCUGGGGUGAGCAUUCAAAAGAUUGUACCUGGCCUCCAGACCAUGGGCAUCUCCUUGGACCAGUACUUCAGGAUCGUUCACCCAGAAGUACCCUUCACCAUCUCCAGCAUUCAGAAAUUCAUCAACAGCCAAUUUGUUUUCCAAACUAGAAGAGAGAUGAUGCCAGAGUCGUGGAAACAACGGCCAAUGCUGGAGCUGAGAGGGCAGAUGAUGUGGAUGGAGCCCCUGCAGUGCAUGCUCUACCUCUGCUCGCCUCUGCUUCGCACGCUGCACGAGCUGGAGGAGCGGCAGAUGCACAUUGCAGACAUUGCCCCUCAUGACGUGACCAGGGAUUUGAUUCUCCUCAACCAGCAGCGACUGGCGGAGAUGGAGCUCUCUAACCAGCUGGAGAGGAAGAAGGAGGAACUGCGCAUACUGUCCAAGCACCUGGAGGAAGAGAAGAAGAAGACUGAAGCUCUGCUCUAUGCCAUGCUUCCCCAGCACGUGGCCAACCAGCUGAAAGAGGGGAAGCGAGUCGAGGCAGGAGAGUUCCAGGAGUGCACUAUAUUGUUCAGUGAUGUUGUGACCUUUACCAACAUCUGUGCCCAAUGCGAGCCUAUUCAGAUCGUCCUCAUGUUGAACUCCAUGUACCUGCGGUUUGACAGACUGACCACGGUGCAUGACGUGUACAAGGUGGAGACAAUUGGAGAUGCCUAUAUGGUGGUAGGUGGGGUCCCUGUGCCUGUUCCCACUCACGCUGAGCGAGUCGCUAAUUUUGCCUUGGGGAUGAUAAUCGCAGCUAAAGGAGUGCAGAACCCAGUUUCUGGGAAUCCUAUCCAAAUUCGAGUUGGGAUCCAUACAGGUCCUGUCCUGGCUGGAGUUGUUGGAGAAAAGAUGCCUCGUUACUGCUUGUUUGGAGACACAGUGAAUAUAGCUUCCCGGAUGGAGAGCCACGGUGUCCCCAGUAAAAUACACCUGAGCUCCAGUGCCUACCAGUGCCUAAAACACAAGAAUUUCGAGAUUACUGAGAGAGGAGAAAUAGAAGUAAAAGGCAAAGGGAAAAUGCACACAUACUUCCUCAUCAGAAAUAAAAAUGCAACUGAGAAUGAGAUUAUGGGAAGGCCAAUGAAAGACUCAGACUCUAGCCAUGAAUCUGUUCAGUCUUUUCAAGAAGGCAGGACUGAAACAAUACCAAGUUCUCAUCAGCCAGUUACUCAGACUCAGCCACAGAAGGAGCAGACCCCAACUAUUGCAAUGAAGUAUGUUGAUGGCCCCACAGAUGCCCAAAACAACCUCCAAAGAAGAAAUCAAAGGAAAAUUGCAGAUUUAACAGGCAAAACUUGUGAUUCCAAAAGCGAUGGGAGUCUCCAUGGCAACCAGCAUGCAGAUGAUGGUCCUCGUCCUCUAAACCAGGGAAGAGUCAAACCUGCUUCUGAAGAGCCACAGAACAGAAAUGUUCGCUCUAAUUUUUGCACUUUGCUCUAAGUUUCUUGGUUUUAUGUUAAACAGAGAGAUUUUAUUAUGAUUUUGUGCGUUUUGCUGUUGUGGGACUGUUUUUUUUAUAUCCAGCACCACGUGAUUUUGUAAAAAAAAAAAAAAAAAAAAAAAAGGAUAAAAAGAACAUUUCAUCACAGUUUUCAGUAAAAAUAAAAUAGUGGAGGUUAUUUUUUUUAAAAAAUCUACACGUGCUGUAUAAUACUCCCACUGGAGAAGGAAACCCUUGCAAGAUGCUUUGAAGAUGUAUUUUUCAGCUUCUGCCAUGUCUUUGAACAUCCCUGUGUAAAAAUCACUUUUUGGUAUCUGAUGCAGCAGUCGAGAAAGAGGUGACUCAUCCAGCUAGAAAUAUUCCUACUCAAACGAGCACUUGCCAUAAAAGAAACAUUCCCUGAAGUGACCAUCUGUCUUGACUUCAGCACAGCCAACAACUUCCCCAUGGAAGGUUAGCAGAGUUUGAUCUAAAUUUUAACUGUGAUAACAGCUUAAUCUCUUAACAGGCCUUUUGCUGGGCAAAGGAAUUAUGCAGUUGAAGUGCAGAAUAGAUCUAAUACAACCCGGUUUUUCGCAUCCUGAAAAGAAAAUAACUUGUACUUGAUAGCACCCAACAGUAAAAAAAGCCUCUGUGACCUUUGAACCAGCCAUCUAUGUGUGGGUGGGGGCAGAAGGACGUGUAAAUGGUGGAGUUACAUAGCAUCAAAUUUGUCACAACACUGGAGGACUGCUCAAGGCCUAUGGACUAUUUGAGACCGUCAAAUGAGUUCCCAGUUCAUUGCUCAUUUUGUCACCCCAACUAAACAAAAAUAAAGUUCCAAGACUGCAGAGGCAGCCUGUCAGUGCUGGAAUUAAUGUUGCUAACAUCAUUGAGAACAACAGCAUUAAAGAUCAACAUCACUUACCUGGUGUCAGAGGCCGCUCAGCUGAAUAACUUCCAUGCUGAUAUAUUCUUAGAUUAUGCCUGAUCAGAAACAGCAGAGAAAAAUUGGAGUUCAUCUGUCAGGGAUUUCAGACACAGGAGCAAAAAUACAAUGGAUAUAAAGAUUGUGGACAAUUCAGUGCAUCAUAAAUUGUGCUCUCACUCCUAUAAAUGGAGCUUGGACCUGGGUGGGUGACUUUGAUGGGAGAUGCAGCCUGCACACUGAUUUAUUACCUUUGGGCAUGGAUUCAUUGUCUAAGGGUGCCAGUGUGAGACCAGUUUGAACUUUGAGCAAGAACUCACUGGAGAAGCGAUGAUGUUACUCCGCUGUAACAGUCUGGAGCAUCGCAUUUCCACCUUUGUGUCCGUGGAAAAAGCCAGGCUCUUUAAAAGCCAGACAGAGAGGUAAGACUGAUGAAAAGCAUCUCUUCCUCUUUAUAGUACAACAAGAUGAAAUUUCACCUGGUUAGAUUUUUUUUUUUUUCCCGAAUUCCCCUGAGACAGUAGCUCCCUAGUCUGCUCUACAGCUCUGUCUACAUGAAGAGACCAGUAGAGAGGAUGUGUAGAGUGAACCCAUCAGUGCUGUUGUCCACACUACAAGUAUUUCAGGGGGUUUACUAGUGUGGUCCCGUGGACUGAAUACCUGUUAGCUGUUGGAGCACCUUAUAAGCACAUCCUCUGACUUAGUUUCAUCCAGAAGAGAUCCAUUUGUGUGCUCUGAGACCACUCCACAAUGUGAAACAAAGUCAGGUAAGAGGGUUUGACCAGGAAAUUCACUCAGGAGUGUAGUCCUGACUCUGCUGAAAUGCUGUUGUAGGCACACCCUCUAACAGGAGCACUUUCCACUUUACAGCACAAAUAUAAAGCCACUUUAGUCCCAAGCACAAGUGUGACACAGGAGUUUACACCUCUCAGUGGCCAGUGCUAGUCCAGGAGGGAACCUCCUGCUGUCUCAGCUGCUCUUGCAGUCCCACUCCUGCAUGGCUGAAUAGCACUGACCACCUCUCUGGAAAAAAGGAAUUUCUGGUCGGAAAUUGUCCAACAAGCCUGGCCAUCAGUGAGUAGGGUUUAGUGUAUAUUCUGGGGUUUAAUACAGAUAUGUUACAGAGUAGUUUUAGGUAGAAGCUCAGAGCUCUUCUGAACUUGUAUGGAUCCUCCUGGGAAGAAGAAAGAAAAGGACCAUGGUGUAAUUGCUGCCAGCAUCUCUCUGUCUUUCAACACUUGCUUUGCUUAUACCUGCCCAUUUUGCACUGAACCAUCUCUGGGUGUUUAAUAUUGGAAUGUUUUAACUGCCAUUGAGUGCUCCAUGGUAAGUUACUUCAUGCUGUACUGUGGUAAAAAUGAUGUGCUAAGUGAUUUCUUUGUGGCCUCUGCUACAAUCUGGUUCUCCUGGAGAUACAGAGCUAGGUCAGAUCUGCACAACUGCUUCUAAAAAUUAUUGUGCCUGUGUAUCAUCAUGUGUUCCUAAACCUGUGGGCACUGCUAAAGAUUGCAAAAAUAUAAGUAAAAAAUAAAUCUUUCCGUUAAUAUACUGACCGCUAUUUGUCAAUGACUACUUUGAUUCCUGUCCCUCUUUUCCCUUCCACCUUUUCUGUUCUUUUUUUUCCUUG